AUGAUACAGCGGCAGGGAGCUCGCUCGCCUAGUGCCGCAGCUCUCAUCCAGGAGCGUAGCACAAGUCCGCUUUUCGCUCCUGAGCCAUCCUACUUUUACCCCUAUGCUCAUCAUGAGUUCUCAUUGCCCUCGCCCAACGGAUCUGACACGAAACCCGCCCUUUCGCACACCUCUCAAGACGGUUCCCUUUAUCUUCAUGGCGCCAUCCGCGAUCUCCAGAAGCUUCGCGCUCUCUACAUCCCCUUCAUCUCGUCCGAGGAGGACCUCACACCCUCCUCGACGAGCACCACGCAGUUCGUGUCGGCUUCACCUACAGUCUCUCUUCCUUCUUCCCGGUCCCGUCUUCCGCGCGAUUCCUCCAUUUCAGUAACUUCGCCUCCUGGGUCAGCGAGACACUCGUUUCUCUCGGGAAAGUUUACUCCCCCGGUGCGCGCGAAUGCCCGCUCCGGCAGAUUGAUUAAAUCCUACCCAUCAGCGUCUCCAGUAACCCCAGCCCCGAAACGAGCUGAAACCGAGAUCGAAUCAGUACCGGACUUUCUGCCCGACUUUUCUAGCCGGAUCCUCAAUCGGUUUGUGGAGUUGAUUAAUUCCAUAGAUAUGCAAUCAUUAAGCGGAAAGGAGCAUGAGUUAGGUGAGUUGCCUUGA